AUGACAGAUCCAGAACCUCCCGGUCCAGGAUUGCCGUGCUCCACCGUCAAAGAAAAGUACAAGGCUAUCGUUUCACUCACGUUCAUCACCUGGCAAAGGCCUGAUCCGGGUUUGCUGACGAUCUUUCGCCCGAAAGCCUUCGGCGGCAGGUUGGAGAUACGUCUCCGACAUGAAGCAAGCAGUCUCAUUUCAGUAUCCGGGAAAGAGUUACGACACCGUCAGAUCCGAAUUCGCUACGGACGGUGGUGCCAGAGCGUAACGCUACGUGCUCCAACCAGCGCCGUCUUUGAGACGUGGUGGGCGGCGCUUGAAAAUGCGUUUGCCUUGCCAAACUUUGUGACCGUUCCUAUCGUUGACGCGCGUGUACACCAGAUGACGAUCGCACCAGUUGUGCCUGCAAGACACAACGCAGCACGAUCGAAGCAGUUGUUGGCGCUCGAAAUUGACGUGGAAGUAGAGCCUGAAACCAUCUCGAUUGAUAAUAUGCCCAUGCUCGAAGCUAAAGGCCCUUCAUCUCCUGCUGAUAUCGAUGUCCUCGCAAGCUGGCGGACAUGGAAUAGUCAGGAUUACUUUGCCACACCAACAAGUUCUUCCACGCCCACUCAUACGUACCCAGGCACAAAUGAUGACCAUGUAUUUAACGACUGCAACAGGAGCGAGCAAAACUCGCUGUACAGUGAUAUCAGUGAGUUUUGGUCGAGACCGUCAGAGUGGGAAUACAAAGAGCUUCACGACAACCCCGUUGUCAGCUAUAAUACCUAUGAUUCGUUCAUUGCGGAGAUUCCUCAUGAUUCAACAAGCCAAGACGACGAUGCGUGGCUUGACGCGAUAGCCUUUUAUAUAUUCCGGCAGAAGGCCGUUGCAACGCAAUUACUGGAUCGACACCCAAGCGAUCGUGUUACGCCAUGUCGUGACGUCGGAUAA